GCAGAUAUCAUAAUCACAGGGUGGCUUUUAUCUAUUAGAGCUGUCAUACCCCGUGUCAUGUGCUGCGGUUCCCCACGGGGACCCACGGCUGUGCGGAGGUCGAUCCACCGACUCUCUGUCCCCUCCCAUCGCCGUCCCCUGCCGCCGUGCGCGGCCACACCUGCAUUAAACGGGGAAAGUCCGUCCGGUGGAGAGGCAGAGAGACUGAAGCGCUACAGAGAGCGGACGCAGGAAGCGGAGCACCUUCAGCAGCUCCCAUCGCCAGACCCUGGACACUCUGAUCCGAGAGGGUGAAGCCAUGAAGGCAUGAAGGCAAUAAGUGGUGGUACUGAGACUUUGGAAACCGUGGACACAGGCAGGGGUUUAGGAUUAAAGACGAAGUAGACCGGCACGAUCCGGAAUAGAAGAGACCGAGUCUGAGCGGCUGAGCGCACAGGUUUUCCCUUGUGAUCCCUGACAGAGCGAGGACAGUGACACUGACUCGACCAUUGUCUCUUCACUGUUUCCAGGCAGAGUGAGGCUCCCUGGGUGCCUCUGCCGUCCAUUGUGACUGUAGAGAAGAAAGAAAGAUCCAGCUUGUCUGCAUAAAGACCUAUUCAGCAUCAUUUCUCUUUGCCAGCUACACUUGCAACCCUAAGAACAGCAAUGAAGUCUCUGCACUAUCCCUAGCACCAAGCCUAUCUUCUAACCCCGUUAUCCCUAUCCCACUCUCUCAGCCCAUUCCUUUUCCCCAGCCUCAGCUUCAGCCUCAGCCUUCUGCCCCAUUCGGAGUCCCAGAUGACAGCUCAGAAACAUCCGUUACCCUCCCACUCCACACAAGCCUUCUUUCCUCUCCCUCCAGCCCCCAUGGCGCUUGGCACCAAUGCCCAUCACAUAGACAGAUGGAGCCAACCCUGACCCCUCUCCUCGCCCGUGGGGACGCCAAGAGAAUCAACGCCUGACUAGAGGAGGGGGGUGGGGGGCGGUGUCUGUGAGUGCAUGUGAGGGGUGACAGGAAGGAGGGUGGAGGAGAGUAUUGCUUUGUCACCACGGCAACACAUCGCCUUGUCUCCCGUGGACUUCCCUUCAGCCCAACCCAAGGCCCUCGGAUGAAAACUCACACAGCAGGAAAUUCAGCAGCAGGACCAGAAGGACCUCUUUUUUCUCCCUAAAUUGUGCCUGACAUAUUUUCCUUGGACUCUUUGGCAGAUAUAUCUUGUUCCAUGUUGUGUGUGGAGAGAAGAUGCGAACACUGACAAAAUUCUAAAUAUAGGAAACAUCAUUUGAACAGAAGCUGGAAACCACAAGAAGACAGAUUCUGAAGGAAAGCCUGCUCUUCAGACUUAAGUGUUCGCUGAAGUUUUGUGAACACCACAAAAGUUUAAUUCUGAGACACUUCCUUUUCCCUCUAGCGUUUGUGAUCUAAAUGAACGACAGUAAGAUAAGCUGCAGUCACCUGGCAAUAAUAUUGCCAUUUUCACUUGCAAAUCAAUACGUGGGAGGGAUUUUUUUACAGUAAGAGUAACUGUUUUCAUCGUGCUUUCCAAACCAGAAUAAAGAAGAAGCUUGACCCUGACAGCAAAAAAGGAAAUACAUGUGGGACUUCAGUCAGAACUUCCUUGGGUGUGCAUGCAUGCCUUUAUCUAAGCUGCAACAUUCUGCAUUACACCUCUGCUAACUGGUCCAUCAUCUACUUCAUGUCGAGGCAUUUGUAGUUUCCAUCAUCUGACUUAACCUCCCACCUCAGUUGCUGCAGUUGUUACAAGAAGACUUGGGCUACUCCACUUUCGCUGGAUGUUGUUGCCGUCUUCUAACCUACUCUGCUGACCGGCAUUCUGAUUAGCAUAUAAUGCCAGACAACCAAUUUUAAAAGAACCACGUAUCAACAAUAAAAUGAGACACUAAUGGCCGGUGAAAUGAAUUCAGCGGGCUGACAUAACAGAGGGGGGAAUACCGGAGUCCCAAAGCUUCCCAGGUGACUGCCACGCUGCAAAACCAGACUGGAAAUUCUGUGGAUUUUUUGAUUCUUUGCUUGGAUGUUGAAGCUGUAAGGGGGAUUUUGAUCCAUCUCUGUAUUAUAGUGUGAGCUAUAAUCAUUCACACAGGACCAAGAGACCUAAACGGAUGUUGUUAAACAUUUGUAUACAAGCCAGAGUGGAUAAAGCUACAAUACACUGAGCUCAAUCAACUGUUUUAGUACAUUUGCUGCAUUACAUUCAUUUUUGAUCGGUGUGUAUAUAUUUUUAACUCAAGCCACCUUUGAGAUUCUUCAGGAUAAAAUACAGAGCAACCCUUUAAAACUUGCUGGUCCUGACACACUUGCGGUAAGUGUUGGUGAAUAAAGUAAGGACUGAAAGGAUUAUCACGUGGAUUCUGUCUUCUCUGUGGUGGUGGCUACCUUAUUCAGCAGAGUGGGAGUGGCAUUAGGAUGCCUGAACUGGACAACUUCGCCCCCCUGAGGGGUCCCAGGGGCCCUGAAAUUGGUCUAAAUGGUGCAGCAGACCCACUUCGGAUUCAGCACAGCAUCCUGGAGGAGCAGGUGGAGCUGUGGUGGUUCAGAGAUCCUGGGAAGUCUCUGCUCUGCUACUGCGUGUCUGUACUUCUAAUCCUGGGGUGCGGGCUGGGCGGCGUGGGCCUUCUAUCCACUACCACCAGUGUCUCAAGCGAAUGGCGGCUGGGGGCAGGCACAGCCCUCUGCCUGCUAGCCCUGGGGGUCCUACUGAAACAGCUGCUCAGUUCGGCUGUGCAGGACAUGAACUGCAUUCGGAGCCGACAGCGGAUCGACGUGCUAAAAAGUGGUGGUUUAUCGGACCUCCUUGUGGUUUUGAUUACCGGGCUGUCGUUGUUGAUUUGUGGCGGGGUUCUACUACGUCUGGCCCUGGCUAACCACAUGCCGAAGCCUGGUCAAGCCCUUAAUGACAUGUACAUCUCUGGUGUGGUUUUGCUUGCUGGAGGGGGGGCUGCAGUUGUGGGUGUUGGGAUAUACUCUGUUGUGGUUGUCCUGCUUGAAAGGACAAGGCACGGACGAAGGUUGGUGGACCGGGUUUUGAAUAUCUUCACUGUUUCUGGACACAUGGACCGUCAUGCUCGCAGAGAGACUACCUCCAGUAUGGCUAAUCUCAUAUGAGUUGUAACCAUACCAAGACUGUGUAUUUUGGCCCCUUGCUCCUUAUGUCAGAACAUUUAGCCUCAACUAAAUUAGAGCAGGAUUUAUACCCAAAUAUUACAAGAAAUCUGAUUAAAUCAAAAUUCAUCCCUUACAUACUUUAGCUUUGUCACGUAGCUGAUGUGACUGUGUAUGAGGCUAAAUUAGUUGAAUUCUCGAUAUCUGCUUGGUGAAGAUGUUGGCAAUAAGCAAUCAAAUCUCAGUCACAGAGUAAGGGGUGAAAUGAUUGAAGAGUAACACACUGAAGAAUAAUUGCUACAUGGCUAUGCUCACAAUGCAGCUGAAAAUGUCCCAGUUAAGAUUGUUUUCUCAACAUCAUUAUCAUUCCUCACAAAGCAGAAAGAGAGAAAUAACUGGUGGGGGAAAAAAGUGAAAUUAAAUCCAUUUACAUCAACAUUGCCAGUCAUAGAAUGUCAAUGCACUUGCAAAGGUUUGAACUAAUUCAGAUGCUGUAGCAUAUCAUUUUAUAUUUAAGUGGUAUUUGAAAGCUUAAAUCAGCAUUUUAUUCUUUAAUCUUACUCCAUACACACAGGACAAAUAUAAAAACAUUGGAGCCUGUGGCAGUUGGGUAGAGUGUUAGUAUGCAGCUAACAGUUACGGAAGUUGACUUAAGUGAAAUGAAAAGCACACAUAUAAAGCUAGAACACAUCUGAAACUAAAGGAGAAGUGUUGGUUCACAAAUAGAAGUUCAAUUCUUUGGUGUCAUUGGCUAAGUGCAUCUGCCUGGAACUAAACACAAAGGCCUGUAGUGUCUGCAAUGAAAUUUGAUUUAUAUAGUUAAUAAGUUAUUUCCACAAAUUAUAUUUGAACAAGAAGUGGUAAAAGGAUUAAGCCUACACAGAUGAAGUGACAAACCUUAGGUGACACAAGGUCAUUGUUAAAGGGGUCAUCUACAAAUUGGACUCGCACAUCCAAGAUAAUGUAUCUGUCAUGAAGGUGUAUCCUGUCAAAGUGUCCUUGAGCCAAACAUCUGACCACUACUUGCUCAAUUAUUGUAAGAUAUUAUGGAUAAGAGCACCAGCCAAAAGGCUAAAAUGUAAAUGAAAGAUACAGAAUGAGUGAUAGAUGGGACAACAUACAUAUGCAUAUUUAAAAAAAAAUCUUUUAAAGAUUUUUUCUUUUAAAGUUUUUUUAAUGAUUUAUGCACAAUAUAUGACAAUAUUCAGCUGACAAAUUUGAGGGAUUCGUUGACUGUGGCUCAAACUGAGGUUGGUCAGUGGGUCAGAGGUCCAGUAAACUCCGACUUUGGAAUGACUCCCUGUGAUCUGAUUUCUUUUCUCAGUUUAAUAAUAGUUUAACAUAAUGUUGUAGGACUGUGGUGUUUGUGACAGACUUUGUCAAAACUUCACUGUAACACUUGUCUGUAUAAUACAAGACAACAUGAUUGUUUAUUAUAUCACAGCACUUUAGAAUGUAAUAAUUUGUGUUUUUUGUGCAUCAACACAGUAUUGUCUUGCUGUUAAUCUCACAGCGCCUUGUUUUCCUUAAACCUGCUUUAAUCUAUAUUUUUGAUAUUAACACUGAAUCAAUUACUGUUUAAUGCAAAUGGUCAUUCUGUGUGUGUGUGUGUGUGUGUGUGUGUGUGUGUGUGUGUGUGUGUGUGUGCUGAAGUCAUCGCCAAUCUUUUCAACUCUGCUGAGUUUCUCUAGCCUCUUAGCUCAUUGUUUUUAUAUGUUUGACUUUCAUUGUUGUCAUCAAACCUUGUUGGCAUACAUUUUCAGCUAUAGCUCUGAUAAACUCCAGUGCACACCAUUCACCCGCCACCAACGAGCAAACAAAGGUACAAAGUGGCUGAUGAACUAGCGAGCAUCCUGCUAGCUAAUGAUCCAAAUAUUUUCCUCAGGAGCUGGUGGGUGCCAAAUCAGAGCUAAGGAGACUGCUACUGGACUACAUUAAUCAGAAAUCGAACUCUAUUCAUGCAAAUGUGUCUGCUGAAUAUAAAAGCAAUGGUCCAAGGCUUAUGCCAAACCAUGCCAUCUAACAAUAGUUUGCUUCCCAGAACAAUGGAUGGACACGCCAUUGUCAACUCUUAUUUAGAAAAAAAAGAGUGUUUUCAACAAGUCGUGGAUACACAGGGCUGCACUGGGUACAUGCAAGCAGUGGACAGUUUUAAAUUAAAUAAAGCAAACACAUGUAAAUGUA